UGAAAGUUCUAGCCAUGGCGGAAGCGGAGAAGAAGAAGUUGUUUGACACUGAGCAGGACCACUCGCCACUGUUUGUGAACGAGGUGCAACGAUACAUGCAGCAACGAUGCAUGCAGCAGCAACAGCAGCAGCGGUAUGUGGAGCAAGCGGCACGUGAAGAGGGAGACAAGCGAAAUGCGGGAAGCGCACUUGAUGGUGGCCGCGCAGAAAGGGACGCACUGGAGGCCCGGUGUUGGACACAUGACAAGGUGCUGCAGUCACCUUACCUGAGUGACAUCUGGACGAUGCUGGAUCGCAUGAGGCCGGCGUACGACAAACACGGCUGGGACUGGUCAGAAAAGGAGGACGAGCUGUUUGCUGAGGGCAUGCACUUCAUCCUUUUGUUGCAACAGCAACAGUUGAUUGGCUUCACCAUCUUCUUACUCGACGAGGAAGAUGAGCAGUGGGUCGUGUAUUGCUAUGAACUGCAUGUGGCAGAAGGUCACAAAGGCAAGGGGCUCGGGAAAUUCCUGGUAGAGUGCUUGGAACACGUGGCAAGACACAUCGGAAUGGUUGGCAUUGCCCUCACGUGCUUCAAAGACAACGACGCGCUUCGCUUUUACGAACGAACUGGGUUUUCAAUUGCGGAUCACUCUCCAUCGAAGCACAACGACCCAGACGCACCCUAUGAGAUCUUAAUGAAACGCAUUUGAGGAUUUUGCGUGUGCAUGUUCAUUUGACUGGUGUGUGUGUGUGUGUGCGUUUAAUGAACUGGAACUUGCAGUGCUCUGGGGGAACCAUGCUACGAGCACAUAAACGAUCGAU